AUGAAAAAAAAUUAAAAACAUAUAUGUUGGAUCUGUUACUAAACAAACACGCACAAGAGAUUUAAACCAUGCUAUUGCAAAGGAUCUUUGUCAUAUAUUCAUAGGAAAUGCUUAAAUGAAUGGGCGACAAAGUAGUACAAUCAAAACAAUUAGAUAAUUAAAUGUCCUAAUUGCAAAUAUGAAUAUUUAUUUGCGAUAAAAGAAUGCUAUAAAUUGCGUAAUUUUUCAACAUGGCAAUUUUGUGAUUCAAUUGAGAAGAUAGUCUUAAUUUGCAUGACUCUAGGUUUAAUAAUGAUAUCUGGACUCGAUUUUAUGUCAGUGUCAGAUUACAUGCAAGUUGAUGAAAAUGAUAAGCAAGAAGUAACAAUGUUCAAAUGGGUAAACAGAGUUCAUUUUGGGACAGUUUUAAUCAUUCUUUGUUCAGCAACUUUUAAUAUUGUCCAAAUGGCUGUGAGUAAAACUGAGUUGGAAAUUUUGGAUAUACGAUAUUGA